AUGCCCAUGGACAUGACCUGGGUUACCCACCUGAAUCGCAGCCAGCUUCCUGGCCAUGUGCGCAGACUGAAGCGGUGUGUAGUUGGCUAUUCUAGGCAGUUUUGUUUUUGUUUUUUAGCAAAGUUGUUAAUCUACAAUCUUAACUAUUCACCUUUAAAACAUAGUGUUGAUUUCUGGUAUAACUUUAAUACCAGAAAGUUACUGAAAGUUCUUGAUAUCUGGUAUCUAAAUUUCUCUGAUCGGCUAAAGUUUUUAACAUAUAAAUCCAAUCAAGUGUUUAUACCCUGUAAUGCUCUCAUUAAAACAGCCAUAUUUCUUUUUCAGAUUAGUGAUGAUGAACCAGGUUAUGACCUAGAUUUAUUUUGUAUACCUAAUCAUUACGCUGAGGAUUUGGAAAAGGUGUUUAUUCCUCAUGGACUCAUUAUGGACAGGACUGAACGUCUUGCUCGAGACGUGAUGAAGGAGAUGGGAGGCCAUCACAUUGUAGCCCUCUGUGUUCUCAAGGGGGGCUAUAAAUUCUUUGCUGACCUGCUGGAUUACAUCAAAGCACUGAACAGAAAUAGUGAUAGAUCCAUUCCUAUGACUGUAGAUUUUAUCAGACUGAAGAGCUACUGUAAUGACCAAUCAACUGGGGACAUCAAAGUAAUUGGUGGAGAUGAUCUCUCAACUUUAACUGGAAAGAAUGUCUUGAUUGUUGAAGAUAUAAUUGACACUGGCAAAACAAUGCAAACCUUGCUUUCCUUGGUCAAGCAGCAUAAUCCGAAGAUGGUCAAGGUUGCAAGCUUACUGGUAAAAAGGACCCCUCGAAGCGUUGGAUAUAGACCAGACUUUGUUGGAUUUGAAAUUCCAGACAAGUUUGUUGUAGGAUAUGCCCUUGACUAUAAUGAAUACUUCAGGGAUUUGAAUCAUGUUUGUGUUAUUAGUGAAACUGGAAAAGCAAAAUACAAAGCCUAAGAUGAGAGUUCAAGUUGAGUUUGGAAACAUCUGGAGUCCUAUUGAAAUCACCAGUGAGAUUAUCAAAUGUUCUAGUUCUGUGGCCAGCUGCUUGGUAGAGCUUAUUGCAUGUAUCUUCUAAGAAUCUUAUCUGUUUUGUAUUUUAAAAAUGUCAGUUGCUGCAUUCCUGAACUCUUUAUUUGCACUAUAAGCCUAAAGACUAUCAGUUCCUGUUGGGUGGAUUGUUAUUUGACUUGUGAAUGAGAAAAUCUCUUAAACCACACCACUAUCGAAUGAAAAUAUUGAAAUUGUAUCUGUAAGAAACAUUUAAAGAGAAGAUAUAUUAGUUUUUAAUUGGUAUUUUAAGUUUUAUAUAUUCAGGAAAGUACAGAAGGGAUGGAAUAUUGUUAAUUAUAACGAUGUAUGUUUAGAAAAGUAAAAAGCAGUCAGGUUUUGUAUCAAUGACAGCAUAUAAGAGAUAUUGUUAUAUCAGAUAAACCAUAUGUCCUAGAAUUGUACAAGUAGUGUUUCAGUAUUACUAACUGUAUUUUCCCUCUUGUUCAGAUUAUUUUUGGUGAAUCUUUGUCAACAGUUUCUUUUAGAUACAAAUCAAUAAAUUCCAGACUAACAUUACCACUUUUUGAAUUCAUCAAUGUAAAAAUCCUUAAAAUAAAGGCUGUCUCUUUAAAAGAAA